CAAAAUUGCCCUCUUCUUUAUUCCCGACUUGGCCUCUCACAAGUCUCAACCUUCCCUUUCUUUCUUAGAUUUUCUUUCAUCUCUGACCUCCUCCAUCCUCCUCCUCGCCCGCUGCAGUUCUCAGUUUUUCACGUCGAUCAGAUCUCACCCGGCCGGCCGCUGCUGCCCCCGAAUUUCAACACUCUCGAUUCACCCAUGACGCUUGGCUCAGGAGGAUCGAGUGUCGUGGUCCCUAGGAACUUCAGACUGCUGGAAGAGCUUGAACGUGGGGAGAAGGGAAUUGGAGAUGGCACUGUAAGCUAUGGAAUGGAUGAUGGAGAUGACAUUUACAUGCGCUCUUGGACCGGCACGAUAAUUGGUCCUCACAAUACUGUACAUGAAGGCCGGAUUUAUCAAUUGAAGCUGUUCUGUGACAAAGAUUACCCUGAGAAGCCACCAAGUGUUCGUUUCCAUUCACGAGUCAACAUGACUUGUGUGAAUCAUGAAACUGGAGUGGUAUGAUUCCGAUUCUUCAAAUUGACAAUUUGUUUUGAUUCUCUUAGUCUCAUGAUUCGAGUUGUUGACUCACAUACUCGUGAUGCUAUUUAAUUUUGGGAGCAAGAAUAGAUAUAACCUUGGUCUAUCCAUGGCUCUGUGUUAAUCUGCAACAUGACUAGCUUACUACCGAAAUGGUGGCAGGUGGAACCGAAGAAGUUUGGGCCGCUGGGGAAUUGGCAAAGAGAGUACACAAUGGAAGACAUACUGACACAGCUGAAGAAGGAGAUGGCAGCCCCACACAACCGGAAGCUUGUACAACCUCCAGAGGGAACCUACUUCUAGCCAUGAAGAAGGAAGGUGGCGGUGGAGGCUAAUGGAGGAGGAACAUAUCCAUUGCCCGGUGGCAAUCCCGGGCAUAUAUAGAAGUUUGUAAUGGUGGGAACUGGGUUGAGGUUUCUGGGACAUACAAAGUGAAUGCCCCCUCCUUGAAGAAAAAAGCCUUACUUCUCCAGUUGGUCUGGGUCUCUCUCUGUCUCUCUAUGUCAUUUGGUUGGUUGCCUUAUUUUCUGUUGAAUGUGAUAUGUCCCGAAGAAGGAAUGCUGCUGUUUGAUUAAUGGGAUAAUUUUUAUGUGUGUCAUCAAUCAACCAUCAUAAGGGUAGUCAAAAGUCUUACAUUUUAUAUAUUGCCUCUUGGUCAUUUUCCAAUACCGUGAAUGCUUCUGUCCCUUCUCAUUAGUUACUACUACUACUACCAAAGCAGCAGCUGCAUGACUCAACCUUCUGCAGGUAAGUUUGUUUUUAGGGAUCUGUCAUGAGGGAUGAACUUUGAUUAAUAGCCAUGUUAAUCUCACGUGAAUCUUGUUGAUAGGACUUGGAAAUGUCAAAGCUUGAUGUCAGGGUGAUUGAUUAUGUUAUGAACAAGUCCUUUUCUUUUGACCACAUGGAUUGGACUGUAUUAGUUGCCUUUUUAGUCGGGGCAAGUUGGUGGCUGCUGCACGUCGUAGC